UGGUGAUCGAGAUCGACGAUGGGACAAGUCCAGCAAUACUAAGAAGUGUGAUCACCCCGAUUUAGAACAGAAGCCUGCGAUCAAAGUACAAAUUUGAUAUUGAUUUGGGUAAUUAUCUCCUUCGACCAGGAAAAAUAAGACGAUUUUUAUUUGACGGAUUUCAAAAUUUCUUCCGAUUUUCGUGAUUCGUCGAUCGCACCGGCGACAGUACCAGGGAAGGAGUAAGGACAAACAUCAAUGGAAUCGUGAUCGUUUUCUCUCGUCAACUGUUCUUACACGAUCGAAAUGAGUGUAUCAGAGAAAUACGAUGAAUGCGACUUGACUGGUUCACGUCCAAGCCCAAGUGUCACCACAGUCGAUCUCAAUGGGACCUGGCAUCCCCAGUCAGCGGAGGGAUAUGAUGACAUGCUGAAAACUAUAGGUUAUGGUGCUAUUCAAAUAAAAGGUGCUUUAUUAUGCAAGGAAACCAUCACCCAAACGAAUUCAAGCCUUGAGAUAGUCACAUCCGUCAAGGUAAUCUUCAUCACAAUCGCCAGUACAUCCACGUACAGGUUUGGUGUAAGCGCAGAAGAGAAGGAUCCGAAAGGGAAUGUCUGGCAGUCGGAUAUGUAUUAUAGCGGCGACUGCCUUGUAAUCAGUGGGAUCUGCGAGAAGAAAGGAUACAAAAAUGUACAAAGACGGCAAAUUAUAGGCGAUGAAAUGAUAGUUACAUACGAGUUUACCCAUCCUGGUGGUACAAUCACAGCCUUGCGACGUCUAAAGAAACAUCACUGAACGUCAAGAAAAACAGGAUGUCAACGUCCUUGUAAUCAAGCUCCAGUAGAAAAUGAGACCAACGAUCGAGGACCCGAGCAAUGUCUGUCAAACGUGUUCCCAUAGCAUCUAAGCACUGUUUCCAAACCUCUUGUGCUAAAAACUGGACUGAUAAGUGUUAGCUGGGGCCUUGAUGAACUGAGCUUAAAGAACCGAGUUCAACGAUAUCAUAAUUUCAGUGUGAGGUUCGACGCACAGUUUGGUAGUUAGUGGGGGAGUGUGUGUACCCGUAGUCUUUCAAGAUGCUGUGUCUUCUUCAUCAGGGUUUCCCUGCCAUUAGACAGCCUCGUUACUUGUAAGCAGUGUCGUGUGUGUGCGUGUUUGUUUCUGGUAGACAGUAUGUGCAAGAUAAACAAAGUAUCUGCAAUGUUAUUGUACUCUACGGUGUAGUCAAAUAAAAUGCUAGUGAUAUCAUGC